AUGGAGAGGUACAAGCCUAACGGAGGGGAGCACGUUAACCCCGGUUAUGAUAGCACCCUGGAUGAACCUCCUCUCUACGAGGAGACAAACUUCUCUGACGGGGAUCACAGGACGGUCCGGCCCUCGGUGGUCAGUGCCUUUGGUCAUGACACUUUAGAUCGAGUGCCCAACAUUGACUUCUACCGCAAUGCAGGCAGCGUGAGCGGUCACCGAGCUGUGCGACCGUCGCUGCAGGAGCUCCAUGAUGUCUUUCAGAAGAAUGGAGCGAUCUCAGUGCCAGACACUGUGCAGGACGACGAGGGGAGUGACGGGACCCCCUCUGAUGAUCUGGAGUCUGGACUUCCCCCCGACAGCAGCAAAGGAGCAGUAAAGUUUGGCUGGAUAAGGGGCGUCUUGGUGAGAUGCAUGCUGAACAUCUGGGGUGUCAUGUUGUUCAUCCGUCUGUCCUGGGUUUUCGGUCAGGCAGGCUGGGGUCUGGGAAUUGUGGUCAUUGCUCUCAGCUGUGUGGUCACCACCAUCACUGGUCUCUCCAUGUCUGCCAUCUGCACUAAUGGUGUGGUCAGAGGAGGAGGGGCCUACUACUUGAUAUCUCGCAGUUUGGGACCAGAGUUUGGAGGGUCGAUUGGUCUGAUUUUCGCCUUUGCCAAUGCGGUGGCUGUGGCCAUGUAUGUGGUGGGAUUUGCUGAGACAGUGGUGGACUUGCUCAAGGAGUAUGAUGUGCUCAUGGUGGAUGUACUAAAUGACAUCAGAAUCGUUGGAGUCAUCACAGUUGUGUUGCUCUUGGGCAUAUCAGUUGCUGGAAUGGAAUGGGAGGCAAAGGCACAGAUUGUUCUGCUGGUUAUCUUGUUGGUGGCCAUUGUGAACGUAAUCGUGGGAACAUUCAUCCCUGCAACCACGAGCAAGAAAUCCCAAGGCUUUUUCAAUUAUAACUCGAAAAUCUUCUUAGACAAUUUUAAGCCAGCUUUUAGGGAUAAAGAAACAUUUUUCUCCGUGUUUUCCAUCUUUUUCCCUGCGGCAACGGGGAUCCUGGCUGGAGCAAACAUCUCUGGAGACUUGCGGGAUGCCCAAAAGGCCAUACCUAAAGGUACCUUGUUGGCCAUCCUGAUCACAGGUAUCACCUACCUGGGAGUGGCCCUUUGUGUCUCUGCUACCGUUGUCCGUGAUGCCACUGGAAAUAUAACAGAUGCCAUCCUCAAUCCUGGAAUGGUGCAUUGCAAUGGUUCAACAGCAGUUGCCUGUGAACUUGGAUAUGAUUUCUCCAUUUGUGAAAGAGAAAAAUGCAACUUUGGCUUGAUGAACAACUUCCAGGUGAUGACCAUGGUGUCAGGGUUCGGUCCCCUCAUCAUUGCUGGAACAUUCUCAGCCACACUUUCAUCAGCUCUGGCUUCCCUUGUCAGUGCACCUAAAGUCUUCCAGGCACUGUGCCAAGACAAUAUCUACAAGAUACUGCACUUCUUUGCCAAAGGAUACGGCAGGAACAACGAGCCAAUCCGUGGUUACGUCCUCACAUUCAUUAUUUCUGUGGCCUUCAUUCUCAUCGGUGAUCUCAACGCCAUCGCUCCCAUCAUCUCCAACUUCUUCCUGGCGUCUUAUGCUCUCAUCAAUUUCUCCUGCUUCCAUGCAUCUUAUGCCAAUUCUCCAGGCUGGAGACCAGCAUACAAAUUCUACAACAUGUGGCUAUCCCUGUUGGGAGCGGUGCUCUGCUGCGUUGUUAUGUUUGUCAUCAACUGGUGGGCUGCUCUGCUCACAUAUGGCAUUGAAAUCCUCCUCUACAUUUAUGUGACAGUGAAGAAACCAGAUGUGAACUGGGGUUCGUCCACACAGGCGGUGACGUUUGUGAGUGCGGUCAGCAACACUCUGUCUCUGUCUGGUGUCGAGGAUCACGUGAAGAACUUCAGGCCUCAGAUCUUAGCGCUGACGGGUCCACCACGAACCAGGCCCGCUCUCCUGGACCUGGCUCACUCCUUCACUAAGAACUACGGACUCUGCAUCACCUGUGAAGUGUUUGUGGGCCCACGAGCAGAGUGUCUUGAAGAGAUGAACGCUGGAAUGGAGAGGAACCAGCUAUAUCUUAGGAAGGCCAACCGCAAGGCAUUUUAUGCUGCUGUGACCUGUAACAACUUCAGGGAAGGAACUGAUAGUCUGCUGCAGGCUUCUGGUCUUGGCCGUAUGAAGCCCAACACCUUAAUGAUAGGGUUUAAGAAACACUGGAAGACUGCAGGAACAGAAGCAGUGCAGAGCUAUGUGGGAAUACUGCACGAUGCAUUUGACUACGAGUAUGGAACAAUGAUCCUGAGGAUCGACGAAGGACUGGAUGUGUCGCACAUUGUUGAAGCAGAAGACGAGAUGCUGAAGGCAGCGAAGGAGCAGAGACAACUGGAGAAAGAGAUGAUGUCAAAUGGAGGAAAAGGAAAACGACUGUUUAGGAAGUCCAGGAAAUCCUCUCAAGUGCUUGCAACCAGAGUGUCAGUGUGUAGCCCUCCACCCGCGGCGGUUGCCAAGAUGAAUGAGAAUUUGGUGGAGGCCAGCACUCAGUUCAAGAAGAAACAGCCUAAAGGCACCAUUGAUGUGUGGUGGCUGUUCGACGAUGGAGGUCUUACCCUGUUGCUACCCUACAUCCUCACCACCAGGAAGAAGUGGAAAGACUCUAAAUUAAGGAUCUUCGUCGCAGGCCAGCCUGGACGCACUGAGCUGGAUAAACAAGAGAUGAGGUCUCUGCUGCAGAAAUUCCGAAUUAACUGCACUGACAUCAACGUUAUCGAUGACAUCCACGUCCAACCCAGUGACAGCAGCUUGAAGAAGUUCGAUGACAUGAUUGAGCCUUUCCGUCUGCAUGAGGGGUCCAAAGCUGCUAGUCAGGCUGCAGCCAUGAAGAACGAGCACCCCCAUAAAAUCACUGAUGAAGAGCUGAGCAGCUUUGAGGAGAAGACCAACCUCCAGAUACGACUGAAUGAGCUUCUUCAGAAACACUCCAAAUCAGCCAAUCUGAUCAUUGUGAGCAUGCCUAUCGCUCGUAAGGAAUCCAUUUCUGAUUUCCUCUACAUGGCCUGGCUGGACGUUCUGACAAAGGACCUUCCAGCCACGGUGCUCAUUAGAGGCAACCACAAGAGUGUGCUUACCUUCUACUCCUGA